UUUAUUCUUUGGAUAGUCGCAGACUUCUUUUUCCUUCUCUUGAUGUCCUGUUUGAUUCGAUUUAGUCUGCUUGAAUUGGGUCUGUUGUUUGUAACUAGUUCUUGCACUGUGGAUGCUUCUGCUUGUUAGUUUAGAUGCAGAAAAGGUUUUCUUCUCCGCUUGUUUUGUUGUUUUCCAGCCACGAAGCCUUUGCCGCUUUUGACCAGUUGUUCAUGAGAAUUCUAAUUCUAUUUCCCCCCUUAUUUUCCCUCUUUCUUUGGAUGCUUUUGUAUAGUGCAUUUGUUCUCGUUAAAUCUAGUUAAGUUGCAUCUGUAUUACAGGAACAUGGUGCUCUUAAAUUUUUUUCCUUUCUUUUCGUUUUCUUCCUUCCAGUUAGAGCUGCAUCAUUUUGUCACCAUUAUUUUCACAAAACAGGGUGCUAGCUGGGCUUCAUUUUUCUUUUUUCCUACUAAUAUCUUCUUUCAUCCUGUUUAUUUCUCUUUCUUGGUGAAUAAAUGUUCUUACCUUUAUUAUUUGCCUUCACUCUUUUUGAGUGAUAUUGGUGUUGCUACCGCAUUAUUUAUUGCUACUUCCUAGCUCAUCUUUUUUAUUCUGGGAUGACAAACAGACAUCUUUUCCUGAUCACCCUUUCACAAAUUCAUUAUUAUAACGACGUCUCACCAUUCGUUUGCAGGAAUUGAAAAUUAUUUUAUCGUUCUCGGGUAGAUUAAGAAAACUAUUUGGUAAAUCUAUGAGCAAGAGCAGGAAUGACAAGGUCAUAUUCCAUGACUUUCCAGGAGGAGCACAGGGUUUUGAGCUCAUGGCUAGGUUCUGCUAUAAUAAUGGCAGAAUAGAGGUAACUCCGUCUAACAUCAUCCUAUUAAACAGUGUUGCCCAUUUCAUGGGAAUGGCUAAAGACGUCUCGGGAACCCAAAAUUUAAUCGAACAAACUGAGAAAUCCCUUGAAGGGAUUCCCGACUGGACCUGGUCUGAGAUUCUUGUAGCUUUGAAGCAGUACCAAGAUUUUCCUUUGGUAGAAAACUCUUCAGCUAUACUUCAGAAAUGCUUGGAUUCCCUUGUACCAAGGCUGGCUAUGUCUAGUGAUGUAAGCCCCUCUACGUCUUCCCCUGACAGCUCUGGUUUCCGGCUUUCCUGCGAUACCAGAAGCACUGAAAGCAUGAAGAAUAGUUUCUCAAGGGCAACUUGGUGGUUUGAAGAUUUUGUGGUUUUGCACCUCAAUUUGAUUGAAAAUUUGAUAAAGGCGAUGAUUGCUCAAAAGUUCAGUCAUGUAAUUCUAAGUAGGUUUCUCUUCUAUUACCAAAAAUCAAGGUUUUCAGGAGCAACAUCAGAUGAGAAGCGUAUGAUUGUAGAGAGUGUUGCGGAGAUGCUCUUUUCCCUUCAUUGGAGUUCUGUUUCUUGCAAGAACUUAUUUGGGAUUCUUCGGGUGGCUUUGAGUUUGAAUGUAAACAAAUGUUGUCGGAACAGAUUAGAAAGUAUGAUUGGUUCGCAGCUGGAUCAAGCAACACUUGAUAACCUUCUUGUACCUUCUCCUCCUGGUGUGGCUUAUCUGUAUGAUGUGAAUCUGGUUCUUAGGUUCUUGAGAUCAUUUCUUCGAGGAGGGGGUUGUUGGGUGUCUUCUGCUCGAUUGAAGAAGGUUGGUAGCUUGAUGGACUUAUACAUUGCAGAAGUGGCGCCAGAUUCCUGUUUGAAACCUUCGAAGUUUGUUGCAUUAGCCGUAGCUCUGCCAGAAUCUGCAAGAGACUCUCAUGAUGGAAUAUACCGGGCAAUGGACAUGUAUCUCGAGGUCCAUGCUGGACUAUCGGAGGAAGAGAGGAUGAAGAUCUGUUGUGCACUGAACUACGAGAAACUCUCAUCAGAAGCUUGCAAACACCUCGCUCAAAACUCAAAAUUUCCAUCAAGAACAGCUGUCCAGGCCCUCAUAUCCCAACAUUCCAAGCUCAAAAGUUUAAUCCAGGACACGAGCUAUGUCAAACCCAUUAGUGAUUCGCCCUUCAGUUACUCUGAGAAGGGAACUAAGUUAAAGAAAGUUGAGGAUGGAGAUCAAGUGGUGCUAUAUGCAAGAAAGCUUGAUCUUUCAAGCGAGAAUGAGAAGCUCAGAGCACAUUUACAAGGGAUGCAAUGGAGGGUGAUGGAAUUGGAGAAGGUUUGUAGGAAAAUGCAAACCCAAAUGGCAAAAAUCAUGAAGUCAAGACUAUCGAGCUCUAGCAAUGCCAGAUCCUUGCCCAGGCUCUGUUCCUGAUGGAAAUUUUUACUCCUUUUUUUGUUUUAAUUUUAAUAAUUUCCAAUACAAUUAUUUGUAUAGUAUCACAAAAUGGGUGUGCAUAAUGUAAGAAAUCCAUCUCUUUUUUGCAAAAGUAAAGUUUCAUCUUCUUUUGGUUUUUGGUGUGCACAAAAGCAAAGAUGAUUGAGAGUAGCUUCUUUAACAGAAAAAAAGAAAAAAAAAAUGAGAUCUUGGCUGUACUGAUGGAGAGAGUACAUGUAUUUCU